UUUAUGGAUAGACUACUUAUCUCGGUAUGCUAUGGAAAACUUCCAACGUGCAGCCAAAAUAGGAGAAGAAUUGAAUGAAGCCUGGAUUGUUCACAAUGCCGUGGUGUAUGUCUUAAACUACAAUAGUCAUCUUAUAUCUUCAGGAAGACAGAGGGAAAUUACUGAGUAUCUGCAGACUCUUCUUGGAGCUGUCAAGACUGUUGGGCACAAUGGAAGUACUGAGGUUUUAUUGAUGUUAUGUAAUGCUUUGGCUCGAGGCUUAAUUCUUUGUUGGAUUCCAAACCCAAAUCUUGCUGAGAAGAAGAAAAAAGAUGCAGCAACAGACAGAAGCAGAAAAGCUGCAGCAAAGAAACAUGAAAAAGCAAAUGUCAUGCAGUCUUUUUCAGUAGAUCCCAGUGGACUUCCUGAUAUCAAAGCUGCCUUAGAGAUUUGUGAAUUUGCCCUCAGUGUGACAACUGGAACCAUACCUGAUGAAACAGUCCCUAUUGCUGCACAGCAGCAGAUCAUUGCUACGUGGGUGAAAGCAAAACAGUUAAAUCAGCAGCAGAUCGAACAUCAGCUUGGGACUGAGGAGCAGAGUAACGGUGAAGGACAAAAUCCUAUGGCAAGAAUUCUUGUUGGUCUAGAAAUGUAUUCAUGUAAUGGCUUGGGUCUCAUGGAUUUCACCGUUCCUAGCUUAUCUCAGUUAGUGAAAUUGGCUUUAGAAUGCAGUUGGUCAGAUUCCUUAGUGGAAUUGCAGACACUGACACGACUUACAUAUUUUGCAUAUGUAUCACGUGACUAUGAAAUAGUGAUGACUUGUUCCAAAAGGAUCUUGCAAUCAGAUGAGGAUUUUUUCCACAAUAGAGAUACUAAGAAAUAUGAAAUUGCUGAACUGGCUCUAAUGCGCAAAGGAUCCACACCGUUCAUGGAACAAGAGGGAGCUAGUAUAGUGGAAAAUUUGUCUGGAAGAAAACAUUUGCGUGUAGCAGCAUCAAAAGCCUUUGUUCAGAGUGCCAGGUACGCAGGUGAAGCCGGAAAUUAUUCCCUUGUAAUGUGUGCGGCUAGACAUUUUUGGAAUACAUGUUUACCUUUGCUAGGUUCUCCAGAUGACAGAGAGCAGUUUAAAGAACCUAUUGAAAUAAUUCUUAAGAGUAUAAUUAAAGCAGAAUCUAAAAUUAAACAGGAGAAGAAAGACAUGUUGUUGCCUUUGCAUCAGUGGGUUACAAAGGAUUUUCAAAGUGCUGAGGAUGAUCUGACAUUAAGAACCUCCUUAUAUGGGUUAUUAUUCCACAUACAUGCUGAUAAAGCUGAUUGGGAGACAGCACUAAAAGUCCUGGAUGAAGCUAUUCAAGUUUUGCCUCAGACAAGACACAGACUCCUGAUUUUUAAACAUAUGGCUACAGCGAAGGCAGGAUUGGGAUGCAAUUUUAUGAUGGACAUUCAGAAAUUCAGAGGUGAAAGUGAAGAUUAUUUGUCGUAUAUGUGGCGUCAUUUGGUAACAGUCUCCAGAAGUGUUGUUGGACAGUUAAGCUCUUUUCAAAAUGCAAUCAUUACUUUACAGAAACAAGAAAAUGAAUGGCAGAAUGUUGAUUAUCUGAUGGAAUUUGCUGAAUGGUUAUAUUGUAACCAGUUUCCCCUCAAUGAUGCUAUUAAACCUCUGGACUGGGUGGUAGAUCUCUUGCUACAUAUGAAAUUUCCUAUGCAGUCGUCACAAGGAGAAGAAAAUUUGGAAAUAGACAUUGGAGCAGACGAUACCAUGCCUCGAAAUAAUUUGGAAGAUUUGAGUAAUAUUAAACAAUUGGAAGCUUUGUUUAGAGCACAGACAUUAUUGGCUGUGAUUUCUGGUCAUAGUUCUCCUUUUCAUCAGCAGCACUGUUUGCUGGCGUAUGCUUGUAUCAUCCGCAUCUGGCAGGUAUCGUUGUCAGCAUCAGAACCUAUUACAAAAGUUUUAUCGAAGUCUUCACAACCUGCAGCUCCUCAGAAGGUUGGAGUUUCUGUUGUGAAAGAGAAGCCUAAAGGCAAAGGAUCAGUUGAUACCUUACCAGCAAAUGUGGAAGAAUGGGCUCAUUAUGACUGUCCCAAUGAGAUCAGAGAUACUUUUAAACAGAAAACAAAUAGUUAUGGUAUUAACUGGGAUAAUUUCCCCAAACCUACUUGCACUUUGUAUUUUAUGGACCUUUUAUCUAAAGAACUACAGAAAAUCUUUUGCCCCCACUUGAUUCUUCCCAUCUUUCAGCUAGCUGAAGUUAUUGCUAAUGAAGUUGUGGAAUGUAGAAGUCUCUCUGAUCUCUAUCACCUUCGAAUUGCCCUGAUAUGUUCAGACCUAAAACUGAGUGAGGCGUCUUCGUAUCAUGAGAAAGCUGCUGGAGAACCAUACCUUAGUGAAUUAGAACAAGCAAUGUGUAGGCAAGAGAUUGCACUGAAAAAAGAAAAAAAAGUUUUUGAGUUAAAUACAGUAACAGGAAAAGGACUGAGUCCACUUUCUUUCCCUUACUUGUGGAUAGAAAAAGCUGAAGUACUAAUUCAGCUAGGCUUGUAUCAACCAGCAAGACUUCUGCUUUCAGAGGCCCAUGCUGCAACUCAGGAAUUGGGGGCCCUGUAUGGUGUGUCAAGGUGCUUGUACUUAUUUGCUGUGUUGGCUAACCGGGAAAGAAACCACGGACAAGCUAAAGCACUCCUUGAGAAAGCGCAGCUUCUAGGAGGAAAUGAACAAUUUUGGUACAACAGUACUCUCAGUCUAAUAGAAGCAAUUCUAGGGGAAGAGGGGGAAGGAAAACAGAGCAUG